CCUAUUUAAACGUACUCCAUGAUGUACGUACGACUCUGUCCUCUCUUUCUCUUUCUAUCUCUAUCUUUUUUCUCUUUUUCCCUUCGAAUAAGGGACGAAGAAAAAUCGCAUCACGAACCUUCUUAGAAACCUCCGUUGAUUCUUCAAGAGCUCGCACCGCACGCCCUCUACCUUUUUGUACCGUUCUCUGCAGAGAAUGCGAUUGUACGAAUUGCUCUUCGAUUUCGAGAAUCAGAACCGAAGGUUUUCGUUUUGGGCUUCAGAAAAAAGCGAGUUAGGGUUUUGACGCGUUUGAGCUUGUUAGGUUCUCUGUGAUGAUGGCGGAUGAGGUAUUCGACUACCAGAGACUGUUGGCGGACGUCGGGGACGCUGAUGAUAACGAUAACCUCUUUAUUGAUUUCGAUACGGUUAUGAGCGUUCUUGAUGAGGAUCGCGAUCCUUCCGAGAGUAGACCUGCGGAUUCUUCAUUGCAAAACGUUUCACCUGGUGAAUCUGGUAUCCAUGAUAAUUUUCUGCUUCAAAAUGGAAAUUACGUGCUUGACUAUGAACAUGAAAACCAAGGACCUUCAUCACAGACUUGGUCUUCUCCAAAUGCUUUUCCUGUUGGUUACAGGGGUUCGUUCUCUGUGGUUGAAAGUGAUGAGAUUUGCUACACAGAAAGGAGGGGAGUUUCUAAAUGUGAGAUACCUGCUUACAGUGUGGACACAAGUUUCCCUGAAGCAAAUUCAAACAACAUAGCCGUUUGUGGAGAUAAUUUGAAUCUGAGUCUGUGGAAGGGUGAAAAUGAUAGCGAAAUCAAGCAUGUGGGAGAUGAUGUAGAAUCUGAGCAUGCUUCACACAGCUCUAUAGUUGAGAAUGUUGAUGUAAAUUUUGAAGACUAUGGAACUUUUUUUAAAGACAUUGUUGGAGUUUCUGGGCAACAGGAGAAUGACUCGUGUACAUCUUUUCAAAUGUCAUUUGUGGAUACUGAUAUACCUUUGCACGUUGCAACUUCAACUGAUUCUUCUAUUUGUCAAGGUUCCAAUGUUCCUAGUGAUUUUAGUGAAUACAAUCCAUCGUUGGACUGUUACCAGGGUACAGAUGAUAGAUCUGUUGUUGUUGACACCUCUGGUUGUUUGCCUAACGGUGUUUAUCCUCAAAUAUUUAAAAAUGAAGAAAUGACGAGGAACAUGAAGCUGGCAAAAAUGGAGUUCUUUGCUAAUACAGCACAUGUGAGUAGUGGCAUGCAUUCCAGCAUUACUGGUGGGAUUUCUUUUCAAGAUGGUCAAUUCAUGUUAGAAGAUAGUAAAUAUCCUUCUUUUUUUCCUGGUAAUGUUCUCUUAGAAGACAAAUCAUCAGUGGAACUGUCAACUUGCGCUUCAUAUAUUUCAAGUGAAGGCCAAUCAUUACAUCUCAAAGCUGAAAGAGGUGAACUGAUUAUGCCUUACCAAAAUUCUUUUCACAGUGAUGAUGCUGAGCUCAAUGCAGGUCAAGAUGUGAAACAAUUACCUGGUAUUUUCCGUUCUGUUGGAUGUCAGAGUUAUGAUUUUUUCAAGCGUGAGGAUAGUGAUACAGUUAUAGCGACUGAGAAAUCCAAUUAUUAUCAAGAUAUUAUGGAUGGAACUGCUGAUAAAUUUCUAGGAAACAUGGCAAAUUCAAAUUUAAAAUCCGUAGACAAAUCUUUAUCCGAUGCCCAGGCGUCAAUUGCUUGUGAGAAGCAGUUUAAUUGUGUUACGAGUGAAGGAGAGGGCAAAUCAAUUCAACAUAGUAUUGAUUCACAACUUUCAAAAGGAAGUAGUGAGAGAUCCAAUGUUGAGGAUGACUCUGAUGUUUGUAUUAUCGAAGACAUCAGUCAUCCUGCACUAAUGCGUCGGUCUGCAGAACUUGGGAAUUCCCUUAAUAUGUCACAGACUUCUAGAUGUGGUUAUACGCGGCCUUAUAUGGGGGGAGGCACAAGGCCAAAGGCACGUGAUGAGCAAUACAUAUUACGAGCUGCAUUGCAGGAUCUAUCUCAGCCAAAGUCAGAAGUUAGUCCACCUGAUGGACUUCUGGCAGUUCCUCUUUUACGACAUCAGAGAAUUGCUUUAUCAUGGAUGGUUCAGAAGGAAACAUCGAGUUUAUACUGCUCCGGAGGAAUUCUUGCAGAUGAUCAGGGUCUUGGAAAAACAGUGUCGACCAUUGCUUUAAUAUUAAAGGAAAGACCUCAGUUGCUUAAUACAUGCAACAAUAUUCAAAAAAGUGAAUUAGAAACUUUGAAUUUGGAUGCGGAUGAUGACCUGCUUCCUGAGAAUGGUGGAGUGAAGAAAGAAUCUAGUAUGUGCCAGGACUUGUCUAGUAAAAAUCCAAUCAAGAGCUUGAAUUUGUUGGUGCAUGCAAAGGGAAGGCCAUCUGCUGGAACCCUUAUUGUUUGUCCAACUAGUGUCCUGCGACAAUGGGCUGAUGAGUUGCAUAAUAAGGUAACCUGCAAAGCAAAUCUCUCUGUGCUAGUGUACCAUGGAAGCAAUCGAACAAAAGAUCCUUAUGAGCUUGCCAAGUAUGAUGUUGUUCUGACGACUUAUGCAAUUGUCGGCAUGGAGGUCCCUAAGCAGCCUCUGGUUGACAAAGAUGAUGGUGAAAAAGGAAUUUAUGAAGAUCAUACUGUACCAAGUAGGAAAAGGAAAUGCCCUUCCAGUUCUAGUAGAAGUAGAAAGAAGGGAAAUGACAACGUAGUGCUUGAGGCCGUUGCUCGUCCUCUUGCAAAGGUGGCUUGGUUUAGAGUUGUACUGGAUGAGGCCCAGAGUAUAAAGAAUCACAGAACUCAAGUUGCAAGAGCCUGUUGGGGUCUUCGAGCUAAGCGUAGAUGGUGCCUGUCGGGGACUCCGAUCCAAAAUGCAAUUGAUGAUCUCUACAGCUACUUUAGAUUUCUAAGAUAUGACCCUUAUGCUGUGUACACAUCAUUUUGUUCUACAAUUAAGACUCCAAUCAACAGAAAUCCAUCAAAAGGUUAUAGAAAGCUACAAGCUGUCUUAAAAACGAUAAUGUUACGUCGGACUAAAGGCACACUUCUUGAUGGGGAACCUAUUAUUUCCUUGCCACCUAAAUUUGUAGAGUUGAAAAAAGUGGAUUUUUCACAGGAGGAACGUGAUUUCUAUUCCAGACUAGAGGCUGAUUCACGUGCACAGUUUCAGGAAUAUGCUGAUGCUGGAACGGUGAAGCAAAACUAUGUCAACAUUUUAUUGAUGCUUCUGCGCCUUAGACAAGCUUGUGAUCACCCUCUGCUUGUCAAGCAUUACAAUUCUAAAACUCUCUGGAAAUCUUCAGUUGAGAUGGCAAAGAAGCUUCCUCAGGAAAAACGAUUAUCGCUUUUAAAAUUUUUAGAGGCUUCCUUGGCCCUCUGUGGUAUCUGUAAUGAUCCUCCUGAAGAUGCUGUUGUUUCAGUCUGUGGUCACGUUUUCUGUAAUCAGUGCAUUUGCGAACAUCGUACUGGUGAUGACAAUCAGUGCCCUGUAUCAAAUUGCAAAACUCGACUAAGCAUGUCUUCAGUGUUUUCCAAAGCCACGCUGAACAGUUCUCUUUCGGACGAUGCUUGUGAUAAUUUGCCUGGUUACUCUAGUUCUGAAGUGGUGGAAUCUGAGCCAUGUUCUCAGGCUCAGCCAUCUGAUUCUUCAAAAAUUAAGGCUGCACUUGAGGUGUUGCUCUCACUGUCUAAACCACAAUGCCAUAUUUCCAAAAAAAAUUCUGUGCAGAGCUUUUUGGGGGGAAGUACUGAAUGCCAUGGGAGCUCCUGUAAUGCUGACAAUGGGAAAUCCUUUGAUGAUUGUCCUGAGAAUCAAAGUGUGUUUGUGGAGAGAAGCUCUAAUGAUGCAGUUGGUGCUGUAGGGGAGAAAGCUAUAGUGUUUUCUCAGUGGACCAGGAUGCUAGAUUUGCUUGAAGUGUGUCUUAAGAAUUCUUCAAUUCAGUAUAGAAGACUUGAUGGAACAAUGUCAGUCAUUGCAAGAGAUAAAGCUGUUAAAGAUUUUAACACACGCCCUGAGGUAUCAGUUAUGAUAAUGUCUUUGAAGGCUGCCAGUCUUGGUCUGAACAUGGUGGCAGCCUGCCAUGUUCUUAUGCUAGAUCUAUGGUGGAAUCCUACAACUGAAGAUCAAGCAAUAGACAGAGCGCAUCGAAUUGGGCAGACACGUCCUGUUACAGUUUUGCGGUUAACUGUGAGAGAUACAGUUGAAGACCGUAUUUUAGCUCUGCAGCAAAAGAAGCGAAAGAUGGUUUCAUCUGCAUUUGGCGAGGAUGGAACUGGUGGUCGUCAAAGUCGCCUUACAGUAGAUGAUUUAAAAUACUUGUUUAUGAUGUGAUUAGACAUACAUCCUUACAGAUAUAAUUUUAAUUUUUUGGAUUGGUAAUUUUUUCCCCUGGAGCAGGCGUCAUUGUAGGUUCUUUUUUGGUGGCAGCAGAAGAAACAGUAAGCAGAAAAUUUUCUAACAUGACCUCUGUUGACACUUGACAUGAAGUUUAUGUGAAUUGUCUUUAUAGUUAGAGUGAGAUUAUUCAUUCGUAUACCUUGGAAUUUUGGUUUAGUCUUUGACAUUUGUAUAGGUUGCAGAGAGCAGUAGCAUAUAGACAGCAACAUAGAAAUUGUUGUUCUCAUUGUAAAUAAUAUAGAUAGUAUCUUUUUCCCUUUCGAUUCUUUCUCGCUCUAUUUUGUUUCUUUUAAUUUUAAAUGCAACGUUGGAAGGAUAUGAUAAUUAUAUUUGACUAUCCGAGAGGUUUGGGGGGGAUGGUGAUUUUGG